AUGUUCUACAAGCUCCGUGCACUCUGGAGCCAGUCUUUUGGCCUACCCGCUCCAUCACUCACCGAGAAGAAUCUUCCUGAUCAGACUGGAAAGGUAUACUUGAUUACCGGCAGCAAUGCUGGCGUCGGCUACCAGGUGGCCAGGAUCCUCUACGGCCACAACGCCAAAGUCUAUGUUGCCGCCAGGACUGAAUCCAAGGCACUGGCCGCUAUCGAGGCGAUCAAGAAGGAACAUCCCGAAUCACAGGGCAAACUCGAAUACCUGCACCUGAACCUGUCAGAUUUGACGACAAUCAAAGCCAGCGCCGAAGACUUCCUGUCCCGAGAAGACAAGCUACAUUGGCUGGAUAACAACGCCGGCGUCAUGGUGCCGCCCAAAGGGUCGAAAGGCUCGCAAGGCAUGGAUCUAACCUAUCAGACCAAUAUUCUCGGACCUUUUCUCUUCACCAAGCUGCUAUUGCCAAUCCUCCAACGUACGGCGGAGCAGGAACCGAAGGGUACUGUGAGGGUCAGCUGGGCGGGAAGUCUCGCCGUCGACUUGCAAAGUCCCAAGGGCGGUUUAGCGUGGAAGAAGGAUAAAAAGGGCGAAGACACCCUGGACGACAAAAGCGACAACAGGUUGGCAUAUGGUGUCAGCAAAGCUGCAAACUACUUCUUUGCGACCGAGUUCGGAAAGCGAUACGGAACAAGGGACGGAGUAAUACACAAUUGCUAUAAUCCUGGCAACCUUGCAUCCGAGCUGCAACGUCACACAGGCGACCAGUAUGGCCACAUUGCAGUCUGGCUCCUGCAGAAGUUACUCCUGUACCCGGCCAUAUAUGGCGCAUACACCGAGAUCUUCUCUGGUCUGGCACCUGAAUUGACGCUCGAGGAGGACCAGGGCCAAUACAUCAUCCCAUGGGGACGCAGAGCGUCAGUGCGUGCGGAUCUCACUCAUGAGGCGACCAAGGAGAAUGGCCAGGCAAGCAAGCUAUUCGAAUGGUGUGAAAACGUGACAAAGGAGUACGCAUAG